UUUAGUUUUGUUGUUGCAAUCGUAUAGUUUUUUGGUUUUUGACGUGUCAGUGUUUUUUUUAACAGACAGAUUGUGCCAAAGAAAUCCGCUAAAAUUUAAAAUUUUAUUAAAAAUAUACUCUAUACCAGCCAUAAAAUUAGUUAAAAGAUGUAUAACACAGUUUUUGUGUUGUUUGUGUUUGCCUUGGCUGCCGUAAAUGGCCAAAGAGUUGCUCCCGGUGUACCACCACAGCACUAUCAACAACCUCCACAACAAUAUCAACAACAUCCCCAGCAAGUGCAGUAUCAACAACAUCCUCAACAGAAUCUGCCGCCUGGAGUAAGUCCCCAACAAUAUCAACAAAUGCAACAGCAACAACAAAUGCAACAACAAAUGCAACAACAGCAACAAAUGCAGUACCAACAAGUACCAGUACAACAGCAACCACCAGUUCAACAAGUACCAGUUCAACAGGUUCCUGUACAACAAGUACCUGUUCAACAAGUUCCUCAAGGCCAUGGUGGCGGCCAUCAUGCCCCUCACGGCCACCAUGGUCAGCAGCAAGUCUUAAAUGCCGCUAAUAUUCAACAUGAAAGGGAGCAUAUCCAAGAGCAUAUGCAAGUACCUAUUGAUACCAGCAAAAUGUCGGAGGCUGAAUUACAAUUUCAUUAUUUUAAAAUGCACGACUCCGAUAAUAACAAUAAAUUAGAUGGUUGCGAACUCAUUAAGUCUCUAAUCCAUUGGCAUGAACAAGGAAGUAAAGAUGCUCAUGCUAGUGACGGUCAACAACCAACGGUAGAGGAAAAAAUAUUUACAGAUGAGGAACUGGUAGCUUUAAUUGAUCCCAUCUUACAAAUGGAUGACACCUCAAAGGAUGGUUAUAUUGAUUAUCCCGAAUUUAUGAGGGCCCAACAAAAAUCACAACAAAAUCAACAGCAACAAGCACAAAAAAGUGGCCAUUAGUUUUCCAUUCCAUAAAAUAGUGUGUUCAUUUUAGAUUACUUUAUCUGUUUCCAAUUCUCUUUUUUUGUUUACUGUUGUUUAGUCAUUUUUUAAGAAUCUCUUUUCUUUUUAAUUAUUGUUAAUUUAAUUAAAUUUUAUAAUUGGCAUCUCAAUAUUUGAACAAAAUAUCUUCUGCAACAUGUUUAAAAAAAAUUUCCUUUUCUCGAAUAUUUUUUGCAAAUUGUUUUUUAUCUAUACAAAUAUUGAAUGACUGAUAAUGAAGGAGCUCAGUUUUAUAACAAAAAAUAUAAAAUAAUAUCCAUACAUCAUAUUUGCAUACAAUUGUUUGUACAAUUGUAUUAUAACAUAAAAAAAUAAAGUUAGAUGACAAAAUUUUUUUAAAGAAAUACAAAAGAAUACGCGUA